AUGUUUGAAAACUUGAAAGCAUUUAUCAGACAUGGUAAACAGGCUAACGAUAUGAAAAGAAAACCUGAUGGUGCAUCACCAUACGCCACUACUGCCACUGAAAACCCAUUUGGAUCAGGCUAUCAAAUAAUUGAUGGUGGUAUUAGUAAGAAUCCAUCAGACACCCAAUACCAACAAUACCAACAACAAUUUGAACAACAACAACAUCAACAACAGCUAGGUGGGAAUGGUUCAGACAGUGCUUAUGCCUAUGGUACUCCCAUGUCCAGUGCUGGUGGUAAUCAAUCAGACAUUACUCUUAAUGAACCCGGUCAACAACAACAACAACAACUUCAAGGCAGCAACCACAACCACCACCAACAGCAGGAUUACAAUAAAGUUGCUACACAAUUGGUUGAAGAAGAGAAUUUGCAAAAAUCCAAGUCCAAGCAUUACAAAAACUUAGACAAUUAUGAAGUGUUGGAACAAAUGGGUGAAGGUGCAUUUUCAAUUGUUAAUAAAGCAGUUCACAAGCCAACAGGUAAGGAAGUUGCCAUCAAGAUAUUGCGUAAAUUCCAAAUGGAUCAACAACAGAAACAAGCUGUAUUGAAGGAGGUUACCAUUAUGCGCCAAUUAAAUCAUGCCAACGUUGUAUCAUUUAUUGAAUUUAUUGAUUCACCCGACUAUUACUACAUUGUUCAAGAAUUAGCUUCUGGAGGAGAAAUAUUCACCAUGAUUGUUAAGUACACUUAUUUGUCGGAAGAUUUAUCACGUUGGAUAAUUACUCAAGUGGCUCAUGCCAUUAGGUAUUUGCAUGAAGAAGUUGGUAUUGUUCAUCGAGACAUUAAACCCGAGAAUUUACUUUUUGAACCAAUCGAAUUCACUCCUAGUGUUAACCCUAUCGCCAAGUUGAGAAAGAGUGAUGAUCCCAACUCCAAAAAGGAUGAAGGCGAAUUCACUCCUGGUGUAGGUGGUGGAGGUAUUGGAAUUGUUAAAUUGGCUGAUUUUGGUUUAUCUAAACAAAUCUGGGAACAUAACACCAAGACGCCGUGCGGAACUGUUGGGUACACUGCUCCAGAAAUUGUUCGUGAUGAGCGAUAUUCCAAAGAAGUUGAUAUGUGGGCCAUUGGAUGUGUGUUGUAUACUUUAUUGUGUGGAUUCCCUCCAUUUUAUGAUGAACGCAUUGAGACACUUACUGAAAAAGUUGCCAAGGGACAAUUUACCUUUUUACAACCAUGGUGGGAUGAAAUUAGUGAUGGUGCUAAAAAUUGUGUUUCGAAUUUGUUAACCGUUGAUCCGAAAAAGAGAUAUACUAUUGAUGAGUUUUUGCAAGAUCCAUGGAUGAAACAACAAACUGCAGCACCACAGCCACCAACUAAUGCUGUCCCACAACCACAACACGUUAAGAAGUCUCAUCCAAUCCAAUCACAAAACAUCAAUGGUAAUGCUAAAAAGUAUUCCAAGAAGUCUCGCGUGCAACAACAAAGCUUCAAUCAAGAUCUUUAUUCGCCAGCAGCAGUUGCAUUGCGCGAUGCCUUUGACAUUUCCACUGCUGUGCAUCGUAUGGGUGAAGAAGCCGCCUUGUCCAACAAGCAAGGUGGUGGUGGUGGUUUACCCAAUGUUGAAGAUUUGAUUGAGGAAGAAGAAGAAGAGAAUGAGGAAGAUGUAACUGGAAGUGGAAGAGUGUUGCACCAUCAUUACGAUAGCAAUACUAAUGGAGGUGCUGGUUCUUCAAGGAUACCUAGAGCGAGUAAUGCACGUGCCGGUGGUAAUCGUCGUCAUCAUCAACAGAAUUUGAUUAAACCUAAAGGAGGAUUUGAUUUGAAUUUAGGAGGCGCCUCAAUCAUUGAAAGAAGAAAAAACAAACAAAUUCCAAUUCAAAGCAGCUAG